AUGGUGAGAACACGGACAGAGGAGCAGGAAGGUGCUACGGCUGCUCGGUUGGACAGGAUGGAGAGAAUGAUUAUGGAAAUGGCAGAGACCUUACGUCGACAACAGCAACAACAACAGCCACAGCAACAGCAACAACUACAAGAACGACUGCCACCACCACCAAUACCUCCACCAGCAGUACAAGAGUUCCAUGCUGAAGAUAGAAUCAUUACACUUACAAAGGAAUUUAAAAAGAUGAAACCGCUAGUGUUUAAAGGCGGAAUCGAACCAAUGAAAGCUGAGGCAUGGGUAUUGGGAAUAGAAAAGUUGUUCGAAGUUUUCCCUUGUACUGAAAUCCAAAAGGUGCAGCUUGCUGCUUUUACUCUUGAAGAUGAGGCGCGAAGAUGGUGGAUGCUCACAAGAACAAUGCAUCAGGGGCUGACAUGGGACAGAUUUUUAGAGCUAUUUUAUGACAAAUAUUUUCCCCAGAGUAUGCGAGACAAGAAGGUGACCGAAUUCGAAACAUUGAGACAAGGAAAUAAAACUGUUGCCGAGUAUGAAGCUCAAUUCGCGGAACUAGCUCGGUUUGCACCUCACAUGUUACCUACCUACGUUGAUGUGUUAGAAAGGGCUGUUAUAGCAGAAGGAAAUAUUGCUGCUCAGACUCGGAUUUCUGAAUGGAAAGGAAAAGGCAGAGCAACCAAUGAAUGUGGAUGGAGGCAUCGAGGGAUUUGUCACCGAUUGUCUGGGGCAUGUUUUCGAUGUGGCAAAAUGGGGCAUUUGAUAAAAGACUGUCCGCAAAAGAAUCAACAAACUGGUAAUAAGGCCGCCACAAGCUCAGCAGGGUCCACACCGGCUCCUAAUGCCAAGUCAGCUGCUAAACCUGCUAACAAUAAGGAUACUACGAGGCAAGGUAGGGUAUUUGCGUUGGUUCCGGGAGAUGUACAGAAUGCAACAACAGUGGUGUCAGGUGCAUUUAUGGUUCAUGGUCAUUCUGCUUACGUCUUAUUUGAUUCUGGUUCUACCUGUUCCUUUGUGUCAAAAUUAUUUGCGAAAAACCUAGAUAAACCUGAAGAAGAAUUGACUUAUAUGUUGUGUGUAUCUUCACCUAUGGGAAAUUCCAUGAUCUGUACUUCUGUCUAUUCUGCUUGUGAACUUCUCAUUGGAGAUAUCCGUGUAUAUGCUAAUCUAUUACCACUUGAUAUGACUUCUUUUGAUAUUAUUCUGGGGAUGGAUUGGUUGGGUGAAUAUAGUGCCACUAUCGACUGUCUGACAAAUGUUUUGGAAGGGAUAACAACGAAUGAGAAUAUUGGUGCGAUUCCAGUUGUCUGUGAAUUUCCGGACGUCUUUCCGAAAGAAUUGCCAGGAGAAUUAGUGGACCGUGAAAUCGAAUUCACGAUUGAAGUGCUACCGGGAGUCCAACCCAUCUCUAAAACCCCGUAUCGAAUGGCGCCAGCUGAAAUAAGGGAAAUGAAGAUUCAAUUGCAAGAUUUAUUGGAUAAAGGGUUUAUCCGCCCCGAGUGUUUCUCCAUGGGGUGCACCAGUCCUGUCUUUUCUAAGAUUGACUUACGGUCCGGAUACCACCAAUUGAAAGUUAAAGCUGAUGAUGUUGAGAAGACAGCUUUCCGAACCCGGUACGGUCAUUAUGAAUUUUUGGUUAUGCCCUUUGGAGUUACAAACGCACCAACAUCAUUUAUGGAUCUGAUGAACCGUGUCUUCAAACCUUAUCUGGAUGAGUUUGUAGUGGUCUUUAUUGACGACAUCUUUAUUUACUCAAAGAAUGUAGAGGUCCAUGAAAAUCAUCUUCACUUAAUCCUUCAAACCCUCCGAGAAAAGAAGUUGUACGCGAAGCUAAAGAAGUGUGAAUUUUGGUUACAUGAAGUGACAUUUCUGGGGCAUGUUAUAACUAAGGAAGGAGUCUCUGUUGAUCCAAACAAGAUUGAGGCGAUUUUGACUAAAAAGGGAGUUGCAUUUGAAUGGACGGAACUGCGGAAAUCUGCCUUCCAAGAAUUAAAAAUGAAGUUGACUACAGCCCCGGUCCUUGCCCUACCGUCUGGUACUGAGGGAUUUGUGAUUUACAGCGAUGCAUCACAUAAAGGACUUGGUUGUGUGCUUAUGCAAAGUGGAAGAGUUAUUGCUUAUGCUUCUCGCCAACUUAAGUCCCAUGAGAAGGGUUACCCCACGCAUGAUCUUGAGCUAGCUGCAGUCGUUUUUGCUUUAAAGAUUUGGCGGCAUUAUCUGUAUGGAACUACUUGCGACAUUUAUACCGACCAUAAAAGUCUCAAAUACAUUUUUACCCAAAAGGAGUUGAAUAUGCGUCAGCGGCGAUGGUUGGAGCUUAUUAAAGAUUAUGAUUUAUAA